CUUUUCACGCAUGCGCAAAGAGACCCGCCAGCUGGAAGUCAAGAUGGCGGACUAAGCGGGGGUGCUUUUCCGGAGAAGUUUGAUAUUGACCUUCUAACAGCAAACACAGCAACACACACCUCAUACAUUCCUCUUUUCUCAAUCCCACCGAACCCCAGUUGACGUUUGGAGCGACGGAGACUUUUGUGCGGUGAAGACGUGAGAGCACAUGGACGACUACUGCUAUGCUAAGAUGGCGACGUCAUGGCAAAGAGAAAGUGAAAGACAAUCAGCAACUUCCAGCAAAUCACACACGGAGAUGAAGAUGAAAACUGAAGAUGAAGACGCCCUGCAGCUGACUGGUCUUCCAGAAGAUGUUCCCGUUCAGCUGCAAGUGGGGAGCUCCACUUUGAAGCAGGAGGAUCCGCAGCCCCCCCACAUUAAAGAGGAAGAAGAGGAACUCUGGAUCACUCAGGAGGGAGAGUGUCUUCUAGGACGAGAGGAAGCUGAUCUCAGCAAGUUGCCACUGACUGUUGUCUCUGUGAAGACUGAAGAUGAUGAAGAGAAACCACAAGUAGACAACCUCUUAGCUCCACCUUCAGAUAGUGAGGCUGAAGACGAGGUGGAAGUAACUUUGAGCGGCGAUACAGACUGCGAAGGUGAUAUGAGGACUCACACGGACAACAAACAGCCUGAAUACUCUAAAAAGACAGAAGGUACAAAACGUUUUCUCUGCUCAAUUUGCGCUAAAAGCUUUUCUAAAAACAGCAAUUUCUCCGUACACAUGAAAACACACACUGGAGAAAAAAGAUUUCUUUGCACAGUUUGUGGUAAAAAGUUUUUCUAUAAGAGAGUUUUGACUGACCACAUACGGACUCACACUGGAGAAAAACCCUUUAGAUGUCCAUUUUGCGAUAAAAGUUUUUCUCAAAAGAGCAAUUUGACCCAACAUAUCAGAACACACACGGGAGAAAACACAUUUAAUUGUCGCGCGUGUGCUAAAAGCUUCUCGCAAAAGGGCAAUUUGACCGAACACAUGAAAAUACACAGCGGGGAAAAAACAUACAAUUGUUCCGUUUGUGAUAAAAACUUUUCUCAAAAGAGAGUUAUGAUCCAACACAUGAGAACACACUCAAGAGAGAAACCAUUCAAUUGCUCGGUGUGCGACAAAAACUUUGCCCAAAAAAGAGUUUUGAGCCAACACAUGAGAACGCACACGGGGGAGAAACCAUUUAACUGCUCAGUUUGCCACAAAAACUUUGCCCAAAAAAGAGCUGUGAUCCAACACAUGAGAACGCACACGGGAGAAAAACCAUUCAAGUGUUCUGUUUGUGACAAAAGCUUUUCACAGAAAAGCACCUUGAGCAAACACAGCAGAACACACACGGGAUAAAUAAACAUUUUGUCUCGCUCCCGUCUGCAUGCCACACAUCUGUUUUUGUGGAUGCAAAUAGACGUCUGACUUGUCACACAACUUCUCAAUAAAAAUUGCUGCCGACACCUUGAACUGGAGCAUCGACAAUCGGUGAAAAGACAGCCAAUGACGCGGCAGGAAACUGUAUCUAAGCCACAUAUUAUUGGAUUGUUCGUGUUGUGGGGACUUCUAUAGCUUUGGGAGGAGAUCGGACGUUUCGGAUAACUUGGUUGGAUUUGUUUUCUUUUGAGCUAAAGAGAAUAAUCAUGAAGUGAGUUUAGAAUUUGCCUUUAAGGGGUAAAAAAGUACUACACAAAUAAAAUAAUUCCCAAAUUUUACAAGUUUCUAAGAAACGUUAAAACUACGGAAAGUGAGGGUUCUGAACAUAUAUUUGUACUGAAAAUAUUUUAAGGCUGCAUGGUCGAGCGGCCAAAAAGUUAAAUUCCUGCUCUCAUCACUUCAAAUUAAAAUUUAUUCCAGAAUUUCUGAGGCUCGUCUCUGUGCUGUUUGGUGUAAAGCAAGCGGGAUACUUUGUGACAUUUGCGCAGAAAUUGCUUUUUUCUGGUGACUCGACCAUGCAGCCCAUUUUUUCUUCAAGUGCAUCUUGAAACAGCCACACCACAAUUUUUCCGAGUCCUGUAUUUCAACUGAAGUCACGUGUGGAUUUUUCUUUGCAACUCGAACAAUUUUCCUGGCAGUUGUGGCUGAAAUCUUUGCUGGUCUACCUGAACCCCCUUAUUUUCCACUUCCUAAUCAGCGUUUGAACACCGCUGAUUGGCAUUCUCAAUUCCUUGGAUAUCUUUUUAAACCCCUUCCCUGUUUUAUGCGUUCAGUUACCUUUUCUUGCGGAUCCUUUGAAAAAUUGUUUUGCUUUCCCAUGACUCAGAAUCCAGAAACAUCUGUGCAGCACUGGAUGAAAGACACAAUGGUCUGUCAGAAGCCCAGAAACUCACUGACCUUUUGUACACACACACACACACACACACUAAUUACAAACAAACAGGUCACAGGUGAGGAUUGGAACCUUGAUUAGCCAUUCCAAACUUGUUUGUGUCAACUUUAGUGCAUGUUAUCAGAUCAAAGUCACUUUUGUUCAAUUCCAUUUGGGUACUUUCUUUUGUCAUUUUGAUUUAAAAAGAGUAAAGAGUUGUUUGCCAAUAAAUAGCUUCACACAACAACUAAGCAUGAGUGGAAGAACGUUUUUUUUUUUGUGUUAUCAUUCAUAUU